ACACAAUAGUUGGGAACCAGAGGAGAACAUUCUGGACCCACGGCUUCUUUUGGCGUUCCAGAAGAGGGAACAAGAGAAAGAGUUGAGAAACAGAAGAAGAGGGAAAAGACCUCGGGGGAGACCACGUAAGAAUGUGGAGUCAGAAGUGCCCCCAAAACCUAAAUCGAGCAGCUCUUCUUCCUCGUCCUCCUCUUCCAACUCCUCGUCGUCGUCUUCUUCAUCGUCUUCAUCUUCCUCCUCGUCAGAUGACAGUGAUGCGGAAACUCUGCACAGUCCCAGACCACGGGAUUCCCACCCAGUUCCACAGAAGAAAGCACAAGCUGUGGUGGUGAGGCCAGAGUUAAAAGAGCAACUGCGCAAGAAGAGGGGAAGGAAGCCGUUGCUUCUUGACCAGAAGAUCCCCAGACGGACCAAGGGAGCAAAACCAGGACCUAAAAGUGCAGCAGAAAAACUACAGGCUGCACAAAAUACUCAAGGAUUCAACACUCUUAAAUCCCUCUCCAAAGAUCUUCCCAUCCCCAGCAAUAACAGGCAAGGAAAUUUGUCUGCAGAAUUGCUCUCCAACAUUGCAAAAAACUCCCCCAUCCAUCCCAAUGGGAAUUCCAACCGAAACUUAAGCUGGCAGAGCUCGAUUGUGCAUUAUAUGAACCGAAUAGCCCAAAACAACCCUCAGGCAGCCAGAAGGCCGGUGAAUUCUGCAUUGCAUGCCAAGCGAAGUGGUCAGGCCACAGAAUCCAAAGGGGUCUCCAAAAUGCAGAUUGAUAUUGGCCCAUCUGCUCUGAAACCGGUAAAACUUAAUGAUCCAGAAGAGCAUGCCAGUCCACCGAUAAACCAGUCUGCACCGAGGGCUGGAAUAUCCAACCGAGAAACCACCCAAACUCUGAACGUUCAGAAUAAAACUCAAAGUGGGCAGAGUACAGGACCGCUAAGCGGCGGCGCACCUGCUGUACAAGCUCCUCCGAAAAGUAACAAUGCUCCUCAGAAAAACAGCAAUCCUCCUUCACAUGCGACGGCCGCAAAUUGUAAGACUGAUAAAAUGGGUAGAAAAAGUGGUGGGAUAAGCCAGGUCAGGACUGGGCCGCCGGCACCUACAAGAGAAGUGGCUACUGUUGAGAGAGGACAGCAGGCGGAUCCUCGCAAAGAUCUGGCAGAGUUGAGCACCGGAGACGAUAGCAGUUUGGACUCUGACCAUGAUUCGUCACUAUCCAGCCAGGACAUGUCUGUCCAAGCUAACCAAGACUGGAAGCCGGCUCGCAGCCUGCUUGAGCAUGUUUUUGUGACCGAUGUCACAGCCAACCUUAUAACGGUUACUGUAAAGGAGUCUCCCACCAGCGUCGGCUUCUUUAACAUGCGGCCUUACUGAGAGGAGAAAAUGGCGGCAGUAUACAACCAAAGUGUAUGAGCUCUGACUAAAAACCUCAGAGCUAUCGCUAUCCCUUGGUGCGGCUUAAUAUCUCUCCAAUUCUAGUCUAUCCACAAGCUAAGCUGUAGCUUCUAAAAGGAAUAUGUUCCCAUACUAGACAUCCCCCAGCUCUAUAUGGUGCAUGUUAAUAUGGAGUCAGGGUUGUCGGAAGUGAUAAUGUCUUGAACUUGAAGAGAUGAGGUUUGACUUAAAGGGGUACUCACGUGGAAAACAAUUUUUUAUUUAAUUU